AUGAGACUUUGUCGUCGCGCUCUUACUGCCCUCCUCGAAGCCCUCGAACAGCCGCAACGACAUCCACAACAGCCACAACUGCAACCACAACUGUUGGAACCCGCGGCGCCACAACUGCUGCAAACAUUGUAAGUUGUAACAUUUUUUUGUGUAAUGUUUAUAUCUAGGCAACCCGAAAGCAACCGUAAUCUAUGGCUCGAUUUCGUGCCUGAGGUUUUGUACUAAGAACUACACCACCGAUCGAUGCACCUUGUGAACUGCAACUGAGCCGCCGCGCUCUUUUUGCGCUCCUCGAGGGCUACCGAUACGGGAAUCAGCAAAUGCCACAGAUUCCUGUGCGACAACAACAACAAGUACCCCAGAUGGCGCCUCAUGUUAAACAAGAACCAAGUACCCCUGAUGGCGCCGUCCGUUCAGCCCCAAAUGCAGCAACUACCGCCGCCACCACCGUAUUAUACCUAUUAUUACCGUUAUUGUUAACAUUUUAACGUAAAUCAUUGAGUUAAUAAAAUUAUUGUUGUUGUUGUAAAUCAAAAGUUUAUCUUUAAAAUUUCGGCUUAUCAAGAACGAUGGGAGAUGUUUUCACAAGAACGGCGCGCGCAAGUUGAAGGACAUUGGGGUGGGAAAGCGGCGAUUGUUAUCGCACCUUUGCGAUAGGAAGACGGAUGCAUUCGAUGCAAAACAGUGUGAAAGAAAAGUUUGUUUUAGCCGCCUGUGUAAAGUGAAAAUAAUAUUGUUACAAUUACUAUUUUUGUUUUGCAGGUAACAAAAAUGGAAAUAAUCAAUAUGGAACGAGUGGAGAGACAGUAAGUAUAACAUUUUAAUCUAACGUUUACAGUGUGAUAGAGCACGCGAGGAUCGGAGUCGCCUACCCAUUCCACGCUCUAAAACAAAACCACCGGGGACCCGUGGAUUCCGAGCUCGAGGCCCAUCCCAAACUGACGAUAGACGAGAACGAGAGAUCGGAGUCGAAAUCCAAGGGUCGACUUUUCAAGAUAGUGAGUUUUUUGCACUCAAAAAAACGUUUGACUUUCAGGUGAAACCGCUCGAUCCUAAAAAAAAACUCAAGUUUACCGUAAAGAUGCAAUGUUGCGAUAAGAAAGGAGCCCUCCUUUUCCAGUGUGAUGUCAUUUUUUAUUUGACGCCUAAAAAAUAGGGGCGUUUCGUUGUUGGCAAUAAACAUUUUUGUUCUUCUUCUACACUCGGACAUACGUAAUUGAGGUAUACUGUGGUUCGGAGAGAGUGCACUUUUAUCGUGGAACAUUAAUCCACAGCGCAAACCGAGGGGAGAUUUUAUCAUUUUUAUUGCGAAACGCUCCUCGACACGCAAAAACGGAGGUUUUUUCAUAUAAGCGCUUGCAAAUUUUCAACACGAUAGGGCCUGCGUACCGCCCGAGAAAGUAGUGGUGGACGACGACGAGACAUAGAGUCGAAAUCAAAACAACAACUUUUCCAUCUGGUGAGUUUUUGCACUCACAAAACGUUUGACUUUUCAGGAGAAACCGCUGGAUGACAACAACACGAUCAAGUUCACGAUAAAAACGCAAUGUCACGUCAAGAAGGGACCGUUCCGCAUCCAUCGACCACAGCACCAACCCCUACAACUCCAACCCUCCCUGUAA